CUCGGUAGUGCGCUUGCGCAGCGGCCGGUAUGGCGUUGAAUGGCCGUUGGAUCGGGUCGUUAGCGCGCCGGGUGUUCGGGGGCCUGCGGUCGGCGGUGAGCCAUGGUCAGGCCCGGGCAGCCUCUGGGCUUUCUGAAGACAUGUUGCCAGGCCCAUAUCCCAGAACACCUGAAGAACGGGCAGUAGCAGCCAAGAAGUACAACAUGAGAGUGGAGGAUUAUGAGCCGUACCCCGAUGAUGGAAUGGGAUUUGGUGAUUAUCCCAAACUAUCAGAUAGAUCGCAACAAGAACGAGAUCCAUGGUAUAAGUGGGAUGCACCUGAUCUGCGCAGGAACUGGGGUGAGCCGAUGCACUGGGACUUUGACAUGUUCAUUAGGAAUCGCGUGGACACCUCACCCAGUCCAGUGGACUGGAACACUAUGGUUAAGCACUUGGGUCUCUUCAUGGGCUUUAUGCUGUUCAUGUUCUGGUUUGGGGAGGUGUGCCCUUCAUACCAGCCGGUGGCUCCCAAACAGUACCCCUACAACAACCUUCACUUGGAGUAUGGAAGAGAUGCCAACCAGAAGCCAGAGGAUUUGAAGCAUUACGAAAUUUGACUUGCUUUCUUCAGCGAACUCGGAUUGUUCAACUAACAUUAUAAAUGACCUUGUAUUCUACACAGUGGAUAGAAGACCCAAUGAGCUAGUAAGCAACAGAGUAUUAAUAAAGUGAUUACCACUCAUAUUUAUG